AGUUCAACAGCUCCGCUCAGCGCUGAGUUACCCAUCUCUAAUUUGCACGUGGAUGGUUUGUUUACUAUUUUCAACCAUGCUAUUUUACUGACUCCAAUCUUCCUUCCUAUACCGUUUCUAUGUUAUGAACUUUUAACGAAUUAAUAAUCGGCUUAUGAUACCAAAGGAGGACGACAGGGAGUUAUUGGUAUUAUGGAAGAAAUUGCGGUUGAAAAAAAGACGGACAGUUGUUGGACCGUGGAAAGAUGUAAAGGAAUUUGGGUGCAUCUUUGAGUGGUUGUUUGGACCCGACAAUGACAUAGAACAGCAAAAGCGCGCUCUAAAACAAAUGAAGGUUUGGAGUUUGCGGCGUAGUACACAAUGCCCAGCGGGCGUACUUGCAACUAAGACGCUUCUAGAAGUGCAACACAGAGAUAAAGAGCGGACGCAAAAUACACUAACUGAGAGCGACUUGCAAACUUUAUAUGCAAGCGCUUUCACACGCUUCUUCAAUUUUAUGUCGUCCACUAUGCAAACGCAUAAUAUGCGGACAAUGUACGAUACCGCACGUAUGCUUGGACUGCCUUCUUUUGUGGUGGAUCUACGACACAUUUGUGCCCACGGACAAGUGCUGCCUCCCCUCGACGUAUUACGGAACUCCGUGGUGAACUGCUUGACAUGGCUUCGUGACUACUAUUGGAUUCCACAACGAGAUACAAUGUGCGAUGUAGACGCCAGUAAAAUUCGUCGCAAAGACAAAACACAGUUUGAAGAAAAUGUUACGACACUAUUUGUUAUUUAUGAUGCAGCUUUGGAGUGCGCUUGUAAAGGUGCGCAUAAUAUGAAAAGUGGAAAACGGCACAUAAGUGGCAAACGUCUUGCGCAGCUUAGAGCAUAUUACGCUGAUCACAAGUUAACUUCAUUAAAAGAAGCGUUGGAGCUUGCAGUAAAAGAAUUAAUAUCACAAAUCAAACGCGAAAUAGCCAUUAAGGAUAUGUCGGAAAUUUUUAUUGAAUCCUUACUGAAGAUGAAAUAUUUCUUCUCGAUUGGAGAUACUCAUAGCUCUGGGGAACCUCUAGAAUUUAUAAUUGCCGCAACACAAAGCCUUUUCCGAAUGCUGGCGAUUCACGGAUUCAUCGAAGAUCUCUUUUACAGUUUGAUAGAAAUGGCAGACAACGCCGUCGUGCCGAAGAACCGUCGAGCUGGUGCAAGUUUGUGGGCCACAAGGAUAGCUGCAGGCUUUGUAGCCUUUCGCAAAUGCAAACAAAUGUAUAAGGCGGAAUUGGAUGAGAAUCCCAAUACAAAAGACUUUGACUUCACCACGUUGAAUCUAGAAAAUAUAUCGAAGAAAAUGAGAAGGCAUUUGAUUUAUGCCGGAGUUGACUUAAAAUGUACGCCUAUUUUUGGUGAUUCUAUGCGACGUCCAUGGCUUUGGAUAGUUGAAAAAAGUUUUGUAAAACAAAAACUUAGUUCUAUUAAUACAUAUACAGCACCUAUAGUCAAGAGCAUAUUGCCACUUGUGGAGCCACCACUUACAACUGCUGAAAUCCGAGGCAUCUCACAGUUAAUCGACGCUUUUUUUGGCAAGAAAAUUGGUCUGAAGAAACAGGUUGAAAAACCAACUGACAAUGAUGCCACAAUUCAUACAGCUA